UGGCAGUACAACUCCUCCCGCCGCCGCCAGUCGAGUGUCCAGAACGAGAAUGGCAUGUGCGUGGGGCGAAGCAGGUGACGAAUGCUGUCCGUACGUGACGAUCAUCGGCACAAGUAUUGCGAGUGUGCUCGCGAGUGUCGGAUGCAUGGCGCUGGCGUUGUACAUUUGGCAGCCCCGCGUGACGCCGUCGAUGCCUUCCGCACAGGACGACGGCCCCGUGCGUAUCACAUUGCCGCAACAUCUCUCAGCAGGCAGUCACUCAACGCCCAUGGCACUCGACAUCCACAUCUAUCCUCCUGCCACCGGCAUCACGGCGACCACGACGUCCAACAUGUCGAAUGACAUCGUGAUGCUUCCAAGCUCGUCUCGACGGCAUAAACAGACGCGAAAAAUGUCCAAGUCGAGACCCGUCUCAUCGUCGUCCACGUCUUCCCACCACCGCCAACCCAGCUUACGACCGACCCAGGACCAACCAUAUCAUCAUCACCAUCAUCCCAUGGACUCGAUCAACAACUACUUCUCGACCGGUCGCCCAUCCUCUGCGUCCUACAGGCAGUCGACCGUCGUCUCCCACUUCUCGACGUAUGCGUUUAGCGAACUGUCGUCGGAAGCGUCCAACAACAAUGCGAGCAGUGUCGAGGCCACGUCCACGUACAUCCCCAUCAUGGACGAGCCGCGCCAUGUCUGCGACGGGUACGACCCCCGUCGCCUGUCGUCUCGUACAUCCCACGAGUCCUCUCAAUUCGUGGACACGUCGUCCCAAGUGUCCUCGAACGCCAGCUUCCUCACCACGACCAAGUCGUUUGAGAAAUUAUCGCUUGCAUCCAAAGCGGACGACGAUAGCUCUAGACAAGCUCGGUCGACCAAACCAUCGACCUCUACUCGUCCAGAGAAUGCUCGCCGGUUGUCGACGCGGGCGCGGGUCGACUCGGACAUGUUGUCGUCGAUGACGGGGACGCCGUUUGUCGUCCCAGAAGAUGCAGCGUUAUCCGUCGUGAGCUCCACCGCGGCUCAAGUCACAUCAUCUCCACGAGAACGACCCCGUGCUCCUGGUCUCGAUGAUAAUGGUGAUGAUUGUAGUCGUCGUCGUAGUCGCUGGUAGGAGUAGCGCCGGAUGAAUGCAGACCUUUAUUUAGUUGAUGAUCGUGGU